AUGCAAGAAACCGAUCUCCAUUACCCUCCCGAGCGCUGCCCCUUCUGCGACAUCGCCGCCGCCUUUCCCUUCCCUGCGGCGCCGCCGGCUGCGGAAUCAACAGCGGGACCAGCGGGACCACCGGCGUCAGGCCUAUGGCAACACCCCCGAGCAAAGCAAGAGCUGGAGGAAGAGGCGGAGCUGGCGAGGAGUAUCCCGACGGAGCAGGAGAGCGAUUGCGAAAAGACGAGUCCGAGUAGCUUUGUGGUGUUGCGGAGUAGAUAUGUGGUUGCUUUUUUGGAUAUCUUGCCUAUGACGGGGGGUAUGCCACCUACUAGUCACAACACGAAACCACAAAGUCAAACUCGCAGACAUGGAAGCAGACGAAAGUAA